AUGCUUGUAUCGGUUUACUUAACAAGCAACGAUAGCUUUUUUAAAAGGGGUUUAAAGCCUUUUUUCGUAUAUACGAUCCGUAAAGGAAGCGAAAAGGUUGUUCCAGGCUUAAAAAAAGCGUUAAUUGCUUAUAAAAAGGAAUUUUCCUUUUCGUUAUUUACAAAUACGGUAACGAAGGAAAAGCUUUUCCGUAUAAGUAAAACACCGCAUAUAUUAAGCAUGGGAAAGUUAAAUUUAUUGGUUUUAUACGUGCAAUCGAAUGCAAUAACGUCGGGCGUUAUUGCAAAUAGCUUUAAAGCGGAAAAGGGUGCAAAAAAUAAUCGUUCGAUGCGGCCGCUCGAAAAAGCGGCAGGGUUAUUGGCGAAGGGGUGGUUGUAUUUAACGUUGCCUUUUGCGUACGCGCGCGCUUUUAAAGCAUUAAAAGCUUUAUUGCGCGAAGGCUAA